AUUUUUUUGUAAGCAUUUGAGCAGUUUUGUAAAUUAGUUCUGCGUUGCUGUGGGUCUGCGCAAUGCUAUCUCGUAAUGUCAGUCGAAAGCUGACGAAAAGAACUUUUCAUGGUUAAAAUAUCAAUGGCUGGGCGUGUGACGCCCAAAAAUGUGAUUUUCUUUGCACAUGGUCUGGCCUUAGGAUUUGCAUUGUGCUUGUUCAGAUCGAUGGAUUUUUGUUUCGUUCCGAACAAAAUCGAUAGCAACGUCACUGGGAAAACUUUGGUCCAGAUGUUUCACGACAAGGAACUAAAUUCUUCACUGGCCAAAGAACUGCUGCUCAGGGUGGAAGAAAUGGAGGCCCGAAAAAUGUCGGAGGACGUCCGCGUUCUUUGCUGGGUGAUGACGAGUCCUGAAAAUCACGAAGAGAAAGCAGUCCACGUGAAAGCCACGUGGGGACGGCAUUGCAACAAGCUCAUUUUCAUCAGUGAUGAGGAUGAUGAGAGUCUGCCUGCUUUAAAAUUGCCUGGCGUUAGGCCUGGAAGAGACGGGCUUUGGAGCAAAACUGUCGCUGCUUUUAAAUACGUGUAUGAAAAUUGCAGUGGCGAAUACGACUGGGUCCUGAAGGCAGAUGAUGACAGUUAUGUAGUUGUGGAAAAUUUGCGUAAAAUGCUCUUGCCACAUUCGCCGAAAGAUCCACUUUACUUUGGGUUUAGAAUGAAGCCGUUGUCAAGGUCGAUGCCGUUGACGCCUGAAGGCUACAUGAGUGGUGGAGCAGGGUAUGUUCUUAGUAAAGAGGCGGUUAGAAGGGUUGUUACGGAAGCAUUUGAUGGGAAGCAGAAAAUCUGUAGAUUAAGCACUGAUGAAAAUUCCGAGGACGCCAACAUGGGAGAAUGCGUUUACUCCGUGGGUGUUAAAACGGGAGAUUCCAGAGAUGCCCUCGGAAGAAAUCGUUUCUUCCCUUUUCAACCUGACCUCCAUACGCAACCUUUCUCAGAUACAAGGGACUGGUGGUUCUGGGACUAUAUUUGGUGGCCAACCGAAGAGGGGAUUGACAAUUGUUCCGAUGAACUCGUCUCUUUUCAUUACAUGGAUAAAUUCAAAAUGUACAUGAUGGAGUAUCUCGUUUACCAUGUCAGACCUUUCGGUGUGCGGCAUUUCAAAAAGUAUGACAAUGAGGAAUAUCAGCGGAUAAGUAAAAUUGAAAAUCAUUAAACAGAAAGCAUUUGAUUUAUUUAUUUUAAUC